CAAAGUCUUUACAGAGGGGAAGAACACAACAUCACCAACCAACUACCUUCUCAUUCAUUUCCCCCAAUUUCCAAAAUCAAAAACCCUAACAAUCCAAUUCAUCCCCAAAUCUCACACUAUCAAUCGUCAAAUCUCAUCACAUCACCAAUAAUGGCGUCCAAUUCAACCUCACAACCACCAUCAUCCGACGAAGAAGAAGAACAAGAAGCAAAUUCAACCGUCCAAAAACCUAAUUCCAAUUCGAUCGAUAACUCGUUAGACGCAAUCGAGAAUCAGCUCUCAUCGAUCUCAUUCACCUCUCCAAUCGACGAAACAAUAGCAGUAGUUUCUGCCGAAUAUUAUCACGAAUCCGUAUCGGAAAUCAACGAUUCAUCAUUGAACGAAAGUUAUGAAACUGUUGGCGAGAUUCGGAUAGAUAACAACAAUUCGGUUGGUGAGAGUAGUCAUGCCAGUGGAUCGAGAGUGUGGAUGAAUAAUAAUGUUGAGGUAGAGGUUGAGGCGGAAGUGGAUGGAGGAUUGUCGAGCCCUAGCAGCAGUGGUUAUGCCGGUGAGAGAGGUAGUAGUGGUGGUAGUGUUAGUAGUGGUUCUGGUACUGAUGUUAUACGAGAAGUGAGGGAUAACGGUGAGUCUGUUGGUGAUGAUGGAGUGAAUACGGUGGAUUCUGUUCAAGCAGAAUGGAUUAGUGGUAAACGCCAUGCUGAUGAGGAUGAUGCUUCUAUCUCUUGGAGGAAAAGGAAGAAACAUUUCUUUAUACUGAGUCACUCCGGAAAACCAAUAUAUUCAAGAUACGGAGAUGAGCACAAAUUAGCAGGAUUUUCAGCAACUUUGCAAGCUAUCAUUUCCUUUGUGGAAAAUGGGGGCGAUUGUGUCAAAUUGGUAAGGGCGGGAAAACACCAGGUUGUUUUUCUAGUUAAAGGACCAAUUUAUUUAGUUUGCAUAAGCUGUACAGAAGAACCUUAUGAAUCACUACGAGGGCAACUUGAGCUUCUUUAUGGUCAGAUGAUACUUAUUCUUACAAGAUCUGUCGAUAGAUGUUUUGAGAAAAAUCCUAAAUUUGACAUGACUCCUUUGCUCGGAGGAACAGAUGCCGUUUUUUCUUCUCUCAUUCACUUGUUCAGCCAGAACCCUGCUACUUUUCUUCAUGCAUACACUUGUCUUCCCCUUGCUUACGCUACAAGGCAAGCUGCUGGUGCUAUUUUGCAAGAUGUUGCUGAUACGGGUGUCGUUUUUGCGAUAUUGAUGUGCAAAGACAAGGUUGUUAGUCUGGUAGGCUUGCAGAAAUCAUCACUUCAUCCUGAUGAUAUGUUGCUGCUGGCUAACUUCGUCAUGUCAUCUGAAUCUUUUAGGACAUCUGAAUCUUUUUCACCAAUAUGUUUGCCAAGAUACAAUCCUAUGGCAUUUCUAUAUGCUUACGUUCACUAUCUUGAUGCUGAUACGUACUUGAUAUUACUCACAGCAAGUUCACAAGCCUUUUUCCAUCUUAAAGAAUGCAGGAUACGAGUUGAAACAGUCCUUUCAAAGUCAAACGUUCUAAACGAAGUUCAAAGAUCCAUGUCCGAAGGUGGCUUGCAUAUUGACCGUUUGCCCGUUGACUUGUCUGCUCGAUCCGGAUCUUUAUUCCAUCAAAAUCAAAGAAGACAACCUGAAUCCGUUGUAGGUAUAAUAGGUGGUCCAGCUGGACUCUUGCACUUCAUUUAUCGCAGUAUUUACCUUGAUCAAUAUGUAUCUUCUGAGUUUGCAUCUCCAAUCAGCUCACCCUCACAACAGAAAAGAUUGUAUAGAGCGUACCAGAGACUUUAUGCUUCCAUGCAUGAUAAAGGGAUAGGCCCCCAUAAAACUCAGUUCAGAAGGGAUGAAAACUAUGUUUUACUGUGCUGGGUUACACAGGAUUUUGAACUUUAUGCAGCUUUUGACCCUCUUGCAGAUAAGGGUGCGGCGAUACGGAUAUGCAACCGCGUGUGUCAGUGGGUGAAAGAUGUGGAAAAUGAAAUAUUUUUGUUGGGAGCAAGCCCUUUUUCAUGGUGAUAAUCUCCCUCAUAACAUGUGUUGUCCCUCUGUUUUUGGUUUCGUUGUUGUUUAGUGUAGUGGUUAUUUGGUACAAAACCGACGGAAAUAAACAGCUAAAAAGUUCCAGUGUAGCUUUAGUAAGAUACAUUAGGCUUGUACCUUAUACGUAUGUACACAUUCGUGUUUUCCAGUCUGAUAUUUACUCAUGUAUUGUUUGGAUCAAGAUGUAAUGUCAACACAACCACAAUAAUGACUUUAUUUAUGUAUAGUUUGGAUCAA